AAACAGAAGACGAAAUCGAAUGCAAUUCCAAAAGCAGUUUACCAUAAAUUGAUGAAGAAGGACAUAAGUAUCCAGGGCUAAGAUUCAAGAAUUUGCGGAGUACUCGUGCCAAGGGCACCAAUCACUAUUGAUCAAUAUGACACAACUAUUUCCUUUUUGCUUGUUGGUUUUGACAGCAGUAACAACUUUUGUCGAUGCAGCUACGAUCAAGUGUAAUGGAUGUUUAUUCAUGGGUAUAUGCCGCAAAUACGAAGAAAAAUGGCUGGAAAAGUCGGCUGAGCUGUGUGCCAUAAAACAAUGCCAGCUUGUGAGUGAACAUGACACUCGACGAAAAGUAUAUGCAAAGUCCGUCUUUUGUCGAAAUGAUAAUGGCAAAUGUGUUAGGAGAGGUAAAGCUUGGAUAAGCCACGAUGAGUUUGGAGAAUGCUGGUCUCACACGUGCUUGGUUACCGGAAGUAAUAGCGUUCGAAUCGAAUCAAGUUUAAGAGGAGACUGUUCAGUAAAAAAGAGACGCUGGCCGUAAUAAACCCGAAAUCGAAUUCCAAACCAAAACUAAAAGCAGUUUGCAAUAAACUGAUGAAGGAGAUAAUGUGCAUAUCAGAAUAAGAUUUAAUAAUUCUCUCGUAUAAUCCUCACUGAAACACGUGUAAGAAAUAAGGUAAUAAAAUAAAAUCAGAGCCAAAUUUG